GUAAGAAAGGGGUUGUGACGAGUGUACGAUAACGGAUUCCAAUUUUUAUACUUCUAUUUUGAUUUUGUUCAUAAUUUUAUUCAUGCUGAUUUAUAAAUAUACAAAGUUUAAAUUAAAAAGUCUGUUUAGUUUAAAACUUGUUAUACUACUUAAAAACAAAUGACUCAUCCUAGCUAAAGGUAGGCCUGUUUUAUUACCCACUCCACUUGAAACACAAUGGAACACAAAGAAACAGGGUUUCUUUAUCUAGAGAUACCGUGCUGAUGAACGUUGCCCAAUCAUUCAUGUUACUAUAUCUAUAUCUGUAAUUCCCUUAUCAAUGCUUGCAACUGGAAUCGGUGUAAUAUAUGUGUGAUAUAUAGCAACGAUGUCGGUGGCCGGUCUUCGACAAUGUCUGCUGCUCUGGAGCGUCGACUACUGGAACUUGGAAGUCAUGGCUGACAAUGUCUUCAAGUCGCACGAUAUCGGGCUGCGGGCGCAGAAGAAAAUCCUCUCACGCAUGGCCACCAAAAACAUUGCGAAGGCCUUCAUCGACGGGACAACGGCCUCGCUGCUGGACAACCUGUACAGGCUCUGCAAGAUGCACACCGGCAACAAGGCCAAGGCGGAGAAGCUGAUCAAGAACAUCAUCAAGAUCGUGAUCAAGAUCGGUGUUCUCCACCGUAACAAUCAGUUCAGCGAGGAGGAGUUGCAGAAGGCGGAGAACUUUAAGAGAAAGUUUCAGAACACCCAGCUCUCCAUCAUAUCAUUCUACGAAGUGGACUUUACGUUCGACCUGGCCUACCUGCAAAAGUCCAUAGCCGAGUCGCAGAUGGCCCUCAAGUCGAUUGUGCAGCCGCAUCUCACAGAGAAAUCUCUGGGCCGCAUCGACGAGGUGUUCGAUUUCUUUGGCGAGGAGGCGCUGCUGGAAACGGCUUUCCGAUCGGACUCCCCGUACCGCGAGGUGAUGGGAAAGAUCGUGGCCGACAUUAAUGCCGCCAUGGAAACGGGGGAUAUCUGAGGAGAUCCGGCAAACGAACUGAGCUGUCAUUGCGUGCUAUGAACGAAAGGCUAUCUAUCGAAACCAAAAACGCAGCCAGUAGCUAGUUGCAAAUGGAAAAUGCUUGCUUAAGAGCUCACCCACCAACACCAAAAUACAAAAUCUAGAUAUAGCUAUAGGAACAGCAACGACAGUGGGGGAAAGGCUGCGAAAAAUG